AUGACGGACCGACGCAAUAAAUAUUCUGCAAGUACUUUCAUGCAAAUAAAUGAAGCUUCUCGAGUACAUGCAACUGUGUUGGUUCAUGUAAUGCUUCUUAUUUGCUGUUCUGUACAUUACAAGCUAAGCUUCUCUUUUUCGCUUCAUACAAAACCCGAAGCUCACAACAACAAUGCGCUGGGCUAUAAGCAACGUUUUCAGAACAAAGCACAAGUUGUUGUACGGUCGUGUUGGUGA